AUGGCUAUGGAGGGAUCAUUCUCGGAAAAGGAUAUGAAGGUGAUUACAGCUACUCUUGUAGCUAUGGGUUACAAAGCCGAGGAAGGGCAACUUAAAUCCGAGGAACUACGGUCCUGGAUUAAGUCAAAGGAAGGUGCUAAGGAUGUCAAACAGGAAGAUGAUGCUACUUUUGCUUUACCUACCCCUACAAUUACUGUCAAUCAACCUGUAAGGAUUUCUAUUUUCUCCGGUGAGGAAAAGGACACACCAUAUGGCUUAUGGAAAUACGAGGUGGAAUCCUUGCUAGUAUCCAAGGAUGAGGAUGUGGUGGCUCGGGCACUUCGUCGAUCUGUGAAGGGUAAAGCUGGAACAGUUGUAAUGCACCUUGGACCAACAGCCCCUGUGAAGAAAAUUCUCACCAAGAUGGACAGCAUAUUUGGCACUGUGGAAAAGGAUGAAGCACUUUUAGCACGAUUGUAUAGUGCUCGACAGCAGGAUAACGAGGAUGCUUCUUCAUGGAGGUGUCGAUUGGAGGAUAUCUUGAACAAGGCUGUGAGUAGAAGGGAGGUAACCUAUACUGACACAGGAGACAUGCUGCGUACCAUGUUCUGGACUGGAUUAAGACGAGAUCUGAAGGAUAUCACCGGCCAUAAAUAUGAUGCCAUCGAUGACUUUGACGACCUGAUGAUUGCUGUCCGACAGGUUGAGCAGGAUCUUAACAAAAGGAAGGAGGAGAGACGAGUUAGCCCCAGCGCAGAUGAUUCCAAGAUAAAGCCUAGUCCUGCACACAUGGCGAGUGCUGUAACGAAAGAUGACUUAACAGAAAUGAAGGCAAUGAUUAAGCAGCUGACAACAGACAUGGCCAAGAUGAUAAGUAAUGAGAAGCAAUACUCAAAAUCUGGAGUUACAAAACCAUUCAAGCAGCAGGUGGAAGACAUCAGAAUCAUGGAGUGA